CCCGCCGCCCCGCCCCCCUCUCCCCCAAUACCGUCCCCUCGCUCACACCCCAGCCUGAGCGCGCGCGGAGCAGCCUCAGUGUACAUGGGAGGACAGGGGAGCGCAAUGAACAAGAGAAAAGAUGCAUUCACCUGAGAUCUAGGAGGAGACAAAGACAGAAGGUGACCACCUACAGCCUGAUGAAAAAAUGAGGCAGAUCUUUCUGCUGUACAGACAGACACAGGAGCUGAGAAAGCAGACUCUAAGAUGGACAUAGAAGACUGCAAUGGCCGCUCCUAUAUGUCUGGGCUGUCUGCACACAUCCAUGCAUGUUCAUGUUAGCAGAUACUGUAGAGGCUAUGAGUAUGUUUACCCCAGUAGAUUCAGGGACAAUUCCAGCCGCCCCUCCUGCAGAUCCCGUACCUGGUGUUGGGGGCUCCGGAGAGGAACAGUAGGGAAGAACCGGCUGUCCUGAACGCCUCCCUGCUGAGGCCCCCAUUUUCCUCUCUGCCCCGGCCCGCCCAACCCCAGCCCUGCUUCCUGCGGACGUCAGGCAGUGAUGCUCUUCCCCUCAGGCCUAGAUAAAGGUAGCGGGGACUCAUCUCUGGAGAAGGAGUUCCUUGGGGCCCCAGUGGGGCCCUCGGUGAGCACCCCCAACAGCCAGCACUCUUCUCCCAGCCGCUCACUCAGUGCCAACUCCAUCAAGGUGGAGAUGUACAGCGAUGAGGAGUCGAGUAGACUGCUGGGGCCAGAUGAGCGGCUCCUGGAAAAGGACGAUAGUGUGAUCGUGGAAGACUCGUUGUCGGAGCCCCUGGGCUACUGUGAUGGAAGUGGGCCAGAGCCUCACUCCCCUGGUGGCAUCCGGCUGCCCAAUGGCAAGCUCAAAUGUGAUGUCUGUGGCAUGGUCUGCAUUGGACCCAACGUGCUCAUGGUGCAUAAGCGCAGUCACACAGGCGAAAGGCCCUUCCACUGCAACCAGUGCGGAGCCUCCUUCACCCAGAAGGGGAACCUGCUGCGCCACAUCAAGCUGCACUCCGGGGAGAAGCCCUUCAAAUGCCCCUUCUGCAACUACGCCUGCCGCCGGCGGGACGCGCUCACUGGCCACCUCCGAACACACUCGGUCUCCUCUCCCACGGUGGGUAAGCCCUACAAGUGUAACUACUGUGGCCGGAGCUACAAGCAGCAGAGUACCCUGGAGGAGCACAAGGAGCGGUGCCACAACUACCUGCAGAGUCUCAGCACUGAAGCCCAAGCUCUGGCCGGCCAACCAGGUGAUGAGAUACGUGACCUGGAGAUGGUGCCAGACUCUAUGCUGCACUCAUCCUCUGAGAGGCCCACGUUCAUUGAUCGUCUGGCCAACAGCCUCACCAAACGCAAGCGUUCCACCCCCCAGAAGUUUGUAGGUGAGAAGCAGAUGCGCUUCAGCCUCUCGGACCUCCCCUACGAUGUGAAUUCGGGUGGCUAUGAGAAGGAUGUGGAGCUCGUGGCACAUCACGGCCUGGAGCCUGGUUUUGGAGGUUCUCUGGCCUUUGUGGGGGCAGAGCACCUGCGUCCCCUCCGCCUUCCACCUACCAAUUGCAUCUCAGAACUCACUCCCGUCAUCAGCUCUGUGUACACCCAGAUGCAGCCCCUCCCCGGUCGACUGGAGCUUCCAGGAUCCCGAGAAGCAGGUGAGGGACCCGAGGACCUGGCUGAUGGUGGUCCCCUCCUCUACCGGGCCCGAGGCCCCCUUACUGACCCUGGAGCAUCCCCCAGCAAUGGGUGCCAAGACUCCACAGAUACAGAGAGCAACCACGAAGAUCGGGUUGGGGGGGUGGUAUCCCUCCCUCAGGGUCCCCCACCCCAGCCACCUCCCACCAUUGUGGUGGGCCGGCCCAGUCCUGCCUACGCCAAAGAGGACCCCAAGCCACAGGAGGGGUUACUGCGGGGCACCCCAGGCCCCUCGAAGGAAGUGCUCCGGGUGGUGGGCGAGAGCGGUGAGCCCGUGAAGGCCUUCAAGUGUGAGCACUGCCGCAUCCUCUUCCUGGACCAUGUCAUGUUCACCAUCCACAUGGGCUGCCAUGGCUUCAGAGACCCUUUCGAGUGCAACAUCUGUGGUUACCACAGCCAGGACCGGUAUGAAUUCUCUUCCCACAUUGUCCGGGGGGAGCACAAGGUGGGCUAGCAGCCCACUGCCCUCCCCUCAGUUCGCCACUCCCUUGCCCCACCUACAGGAGUCUAGCCCUGUCCCCACCACAUCCCAAGAAGUUGUGCUGUGUAGCCCCACCACUGGCUACCUAACUUCACACUUGACCCUGAAUCUUUCUCACCUAUUCUUCCCCCUGACUGAUUCAAGCAUCGUGAUGAAACAGGUUUUUGCUUAUGUUUCUCCUUUUUCUCUUAACUUCUCAUCCCAGCAUACUCAGAGUUAUUUAUUAAUAUAAUUAGCUGAUUUUUUCUUUUGCAUUUUUUAACUUCUGUCCGUCACUUGCCACUCCUCCAUCCUCUUGCUCACAGUCCCCUCCCCCGUUAGGCCUAAUUUUUCUCUCUCUGUUCUGGCUUUCUCCAACAGCCCCUGGGGUGGGAAGCUCCUCUUCGUACUAAGAGACCUUGAACUUCUUGCGUUCAGUCCUCACUUUUGCAUUGUGUGAUGCUUCCGUUUCGAUGCUGAUAGCUCCCUCUGGCCCUACCUUAGCUCUGUGGCAUCCUAUCUCCUCGCUGGGACCCUUCAGCCCGGGACUCCAUACCUCUUGUGCCCUCUCACAUUAGGCAGCUUGCACUUUUCUUAAACAAAGGAAGAAUUCCCUCAUUUGGAAGUAGGAGGGGCUGAAGACGUCCUCCCCAGUCACUGUGGGACUGAGGGUCUUGACCGCCCCCCGGUAACAUGAGUUCCCCAAAGCCCACAUUCAGGAUUCCCUCUAGGAUGUGAUAUAUCUCUUCCCUCUUCUCGAACAACCCCCAACACUGCUCUACUUGCUUCAACCUGCCAGUCUACUCGGUGGUAGCUUUUAUCUCCUUGGAGUGCCCCAAUUUUAUAUUCUCAGGGGCCAAAAGGCUAGGUCUGCAUCCUCUGUCUCUGACACGUUGGGAGCCACAGGUGCCUAAUUGGGAACCAGGGCAUGGGAAGGAGGUCGUUCAAAAUUCUCCUUACUCUCCCACCUCUCAAACUUCUUCACUCUAGUGACCUCCCUAGGCUCUCAGGGACUCCUGCAGUCCCCGUCCUAUGAGAAACCAGUGGGUUGCUGCCUGAAGACAAGGGGGUAUCUCAGCCCCUCGGUCACACUGCCUUCUUCUCUCCCCACCCAGCAGGAUUCACCCUCGGGAGGAAAGAGUGCCUCUUUUCUCUCUUCUGAUUUUCAGUGUAACCAAAAAUUAUCCCAGGACGAGCAAGGGCAUGUGCCCCUUACCCUGUCCCACUCUUGUCCCAGCAGGAAUGGGAUGGGCACAACUAAAAGGGGGCCACCUGUGACUGCCCCCCUUCUACACUCAGCUCCCAGAUGUAGGGCAGGAGGGGCACCCUCCUCCUGGCUACUGCAGGGACCCUGGCUAUUUGGGUAACUGGUUAGCGAGAAGGGGCAGGAGGAGACACAGCUCCACUGCAAGUGGAGGUCUCUCUACCAGAGUUCCCUGCCCAAGGCCACAGCCAUCCAUUCUCUGCUUCCUCGAGAUUCAAACCAAAGGCUGUUUUUCUAUAUUUAAAGAAGAAAAAAAAAAGUAGAAAACCAAACACAACACCUCACAAGUUGUAACACUUGCUCCUUCUCUCUCCUUUUUCUUCCUUUCCAUCUUUCUUUCCACAUGUCCUUCCUUAUUGGCUCUUUUGCCUCCUACUUCUCUCACUCCCUAUCAGGGAUGAACUGGGGGUUGCUAAAGGAUUGGCUAAGGAACAGACCCUGGGAUUGGGGCUCUGAGAAGAGUCCACCUUACCCUCUUGGGAGAAGGAAGACACUAAAAACAUUUCUCCUCUUCUUCCUUCUUUUUCUCCCCCAUCAUGUGGUCUCUCCCAGAGAACCAGAUUGUCAGGGAGGGGCACUGUGGGUUGAUCUUUCCUCCUUGACAAGGUAGCAAUGAACAGAUGCUGCCAAGGGCAGAGGACGGGGGAGUUAUCUGGGAGGAGAGUGGUCUCUAGAGAAGGGGAGAGUUUUCUCAUCAGCAACAUGGGAACUGGCUCCUUUCUUCAGGAUGGCAGCAGAGAUGAGAUUAAUAUCCGGGUUCUCCUCAAUUGUUCCGAUUGUUGAACCCCUUCCUGUUAGACCUACCACCUCUUCUGUGUCUGCUGUAUCUUUGGUAACACCUCAUAAGGACUAGUCCCUUCUGGGGUAUCAGAGCCUUAGGGUGCCACCAUCUCCUCCCCCCGUCAGAUUUGGCACCUAUAACCUCCUGGAACAUGAAGGCCUGUGCUCUGAGGCUGUGCUCUGAGCCCAUGAGAGCAGAGACUGGAAGGCAAGACCAGGUGCUAAGGAGGGAGAGAAGGGCAGUCUGUCUCUCUCCAGACCAUCACUGCACUUUAACCAGGGUCUUAGGUACAAAAUCCUACUUUCUGGAGCCUUUCAGCUCUGGAAACUCAAACACUCUCAUGCUCUCUCUCCCAGCUCCUUUUGCAUAAAAAAAAAAAAUGAAAAAAGAAAAAAAUACAUGGAAACCCACAUGGAGAAAAGAGGUGUUUUCCUUUUAUAUUGAUAUUCAAAUUAACACCACACACACAAAAGAGUUUCUAAAUAGACACUUUUCCAGAUCUUUGUUUUCUCGUGUCAGUGUCCAAGCUGCAGGUGGGAUUUUGUAAUACUUCUGGCAGCUUCUGUCCUUGUGUAAAUAAUAUAUAUUAUAUAUAUUUUUAAUUAGAAGUUAUGAAGAACAAAAAAAAAACAAAAACACAGAAGCAAGUGCAAUACCACCUCUCUUCUCUCUCUCUCUCUCCCAGGGUUUCAUUUGUAGCCUAUGCUUGGUGUCUCCUUGGACCUUAUCCCUUCAUCUCCUCUUCCUCUGAUUCCCCCGCCCUGCCCCCUUUUUAAAGAGUUUUUCUCCUUUCUCAAGGGGAGUUAAACUAGCUUUUGAGACUUAUUGCAAAGCAUUUUGUAUAUGUAAUAUAUUGUAAGUAAAUAUUUGUGUAAUGGAGAUAUACUACUGUAAGUUUUGUACUGUACUGGCUGAAGGUCUGUUACAAAUAAACAUGAGUAAUUUAACA